AUGCCAGCUCCAUGGAAGCUUGCCGCGCUCAUCCUCGCGGGGUUUGCGGCGAUGUGCGCUGCUGAUGCUGGAGAUGACUUCUCCAACAAUUUGUUCUCGGACCUCGCGCCGCUGCUGGCUCUUUUCGGAGAACGGGUUACCAUGCAGUUCAUGAGCCAAUCGACAGGAUGGGCGGAUAACUUUAUUCUCGCCAUGGCUCCCUUGGGUAUCAUUACCAUCAUCACCAGCGCCAUCAGGGUAGGCGGCCCUUCGUGGCUCAAGGCCAUCAUCGGAAGAGCCAGGGAGAACCUGGCAGUCGCCGAGGCCGAGCUCAUGUCGUCUACCUCUCACGAGGUCUGCGAGCUGUGGAACGGCCAAGGGAUCGUGAGAUGCAUAGGGUCACCGUCCACGACGGAGUUUAUCUGCCUGCGACCCGCGGACGCGAAGGAGGCAGAGGACUGUGCGCAGCAGGUCCCGGACAUAAUCGAGCUGAAGGAGGCGCUGGAAAAAAGAUAUCUCUGCGAAGUCGUUCCCGACAGCUGGGCCGACUUCUGGGACAACAUCCGGCGCCGGAUCGGUCUCAAGAAGGCCGCUCAACCGUUGAUCAACUCGGAGGUAGAGGAGGGGACGCCGUCUCGGGCAUCCGCCGCGAUACCCGUCUCCAGAAUCACCAUCGUCCGGAGCCAGCAUGCUGCCGCGCCCAACAUCUCUCUCAACUCACACAACCACUUCAAGCGAGGCGAAUUGCGCGCCGUGGCCGUCCUCGGGACUCUCCUCCAACUAGGGGUCCUGGCUUAUUCCGGGCUUGCCACCUACCACCCGCGGCUGACGUUUCCCAAGGGCGACAAUGCGGUGGCCGGCUACGCGUUCCCCUGCACUGCGGGUGGAACGAUCGUGCUGAUAGCUGGCCUGUUGCUGUGUGCCCAUGUCGUCGAGAGUAGCACCGAGGAGAAGAUGUAUCAGCCAGCCAAGGAGACAGCAGCCCGAUUGAUUUGGCUACAGCAGACGGAAAGCGUGGGCGAGCAGUGGUUCCAGUCGUUUGCAUUAUCUACCGGGGAUAAUCAGGCUUUCAUCACCACGUCUCGCCGGGCGGACAAGCAAAGCCAUGCCAUCAAGAAGACUGUGGCUGGCACCGCGGUCAGCUCCUGCGGGUUUGUCGUACAAUUCAUCGGCCUGCGUGGAAUGCAUUGGUCCGCGUCAAUCGCUCAACUCGGUGCAGUCCUUGCCAUGGCCGCUGUCAGGGCAUGGGUCCGUCGAGGGCUCGUACGGUCUAUCGACUGGAUUCGUCUGGCGCCGGGAUAUGAGCUGGAAUGGUUUGUGACGACGCUGGGAGAUUUUGACAGAGCAGCACGGCCACGGGAUAAUAGCUCCAUGGGGAACAAAGAACACACAGAGCGAGAGCAAGCGGCGCAACCAGGCACCGACUUGAAGAGGGCGAAAGGGAGCAGCUUGACAGCACACGAUCUGAUGGUGAUCAGAAAAACUCUCGGGGGCCUCACUGCCUGGCAGGGCCCUAUUUCCUCGGUUGCGGUGACCCUUGCAAGAGCCAUCAGGACCACGCUUGACUCUCUAUCCAGUUGUCUUCCUCAAGAUGACUUCAUCUGGUCUCUCCAAGCCCUCUCGUCAGGGCGUCAGGGGGACAAGCCACCGGAGAUCCGCUGGGCACGAGACGUCAACGUAGAGACCAUUCAGAAGGACAUUGAGGUUGCGCUUUCUUUACGUUUACAUCUGGUCCACUCGCAAUUGCAGCCGACUGGUCAUCCAAACUCUACUCACGCCCAAGACAGCACGUUGAAUGCGCGAAAGCCGGCCGGAAAACAACCCGCAGAUCGAAAUCUACACAUCAUAGGCCCAGGCACACGAGCCCUGAGGCGGGAUCUCGGAUGGUGGAUGCCCCCUGAUGUGGGAAGAGUUUUGGAGAUCAAAGAAGCCGAGAACGGAACCAUCAAGGUCAAAAGGCAUCGCAUUGUCGGCCGUGUGAAGGAGAAAGCGGGAGACAGCGACAGACGAGGUUGCGGCGCCGGCAGCACCUCUCAGCAAGGUAUCGAUACAGCUCGGUAUAACGGCGAGGCCGCCAACUUCAACCUGGAAGACAUACGUAAUGGCGAGAUUGAAGAGGAUACACUCUUGGCGUCUGAGUCGUACGGCUCCAUAGAGCUUCUGUACGCUCAAGACAUGUUCACGGCAUUCAUGCAGUCCGCGGCAAGGCAAAUGACGGCAGCCCUUGAGGGCGGCUCUGACGUGCGGCUCAAAGACUCUGGCAUCCAUGCCUGGAAACGGUUCACGCUUCACAACGAUAAACUUUCGAGGAUGGCUCAAGACAUCUGCAACUCUGGACUUGGAAACCUCCAGCAGAGCUAUUUAAGCAUUAUUCAACCACUGGGCGCAGAGAACAAGCUCCCGGAGCCAGACAACAUUAUUACAAAAGUGCAAGAACAUGCUACGCCGCAGGAGCAGCUCCAACAUUUUGUCGCAGUGUCCGAUAUGUACUUGUGGCUUUUCGAAACGGCCAGCACAUUUCCGAGAACGAGCAGCGUUGCUAUCAAGGCUGUAGCACUGUUAUUCGAGAUCUUGAGGAGGGCUUCUCUGACUUUUUCAAUGUGGGAGUCUCAAGGUUACAAGCCAGCGGAAAUUUCAGAAUUUGACCAGAGAAGGUUGAAAAUAAAAGAAUUAAUACUAAAACAUGUUGAUCAAACGACAUUGUUAUCUUUCAAGGAGUUAUACAGAAAGCAGCGACGACUGUGGCAAUGCGACAUUCUCCAAGAUAUUGGGACUACUCCUACUAGAGACGAACACGUCGAGUUUCCAGAAACGUUCAACUUCAUGCCCUUGCAUGACGAAGGCAGGAGACCUGGUUUUUUAGACCUUUGCAUAAGGUCCAGGAUGACCCACGAAGUGGUGAAUCAGAAAGACAUUCAUGACUGGACGCCCCUCCAUUACGCGACGACUUGCCAUCGAUAUUGGCUGAUUCUCUGCCUUCAACCAUACAUGAACGCGCGAGAUCUGGGCGGCUGGACUCCUCUCCAUUACGCCUGUGCGGCUCCUGAUAUACAAGACCCCAUGGGAAAUGCGGCUCUGCACUGGGCUGCACUCAAGGGGCACGUAUCUGUCGUUGAAUACCUAUACGAAGACGGCGCCAAACAGCUGCGAAAUAAACAAGGUAGGACUGCCUUGCAUCUGGCGGCGAUGGCGGGAAAGGAGGAUGUAGUACGCUUGCUCGCUCCCUCCCCCUACGAGCAGAACAACGUCAACAUCGACACCGUAGCCAAAGCGGCGCGACGGCGCCUUGUCGAUGUGGAAGCGGGGGACUUCGAUGGAAUGACGCCGCUACACAUGGCCGCCGCGAAGGGACACGAGGGUGUCGUGCAGUAUCUUGUAGGCGAAGCCGGCGUGAAUACAGAAGCCAGGGAUAGCCGUGGGAGCACGCCCCUACAUGAAGCAGCUUAUUCUGGGCAUGAAGCUAUCGUGCAGUAUCUUAUAGGCGAGGCUGGCGUGAACACAGAGGCUAGAGAUAUUAAUAGGAGCACGCUACUACACGCUGCAGCUUAUUCUGGGCACGAAGCUAUUUUGCGGUAUCUUGUAGCCGAUUCUGGGCACGAAGCUAUCGUGCGAUAUCUUCUAGGCGAGGCCGGCGUCGAUAAGGAGGCUAGAGAUUACCGCAGAGAUACGCCACUACACAGAGCAGCUGGUUCUGGGCAUAAAGCUGUCGUGCGGUAUCUUGUAGGUGAGGCCGGCGUGAACAUAGAAGCUCGGGAUAGUCUGGGGUGUACGCCACUACACAUAGCAGCUUGUUAUAGACAUGAAGCUGUCGUGCGGUAUCUUGUAGGCGAGGCUGGCGUGGAUAAGGAGGCUAAAGAAAAUGAUGGGCGUACGCCACUGCACUUGGCGGCCUCUUCUGUGAGUGAGGAUAUUGUGCGGUAUCUUGUAACUGAGGCCGGCGUGAAUAAGGAGGCUAGAGACGAUGCGGGAAAGACACCGGCACAAUAUGCGGCCGAGAGUGGCUUAGAUGAAAUUGUAAGGAUAUUGGAAGAAGUUGAGAACUAA